AUGUCUAAAUAUGUAUUUAGUGUUAGUUUCUGUGUAUUUUUAUAUAUACUAAGUGUUAAAUGUCAGUUGGAAGAAGGUGCCGAUUGUUUCUCACAAGCAGAUAACCUAAAAGGUAGAUGUGUCAACCUGAAGCGUUGCCUGUCUGUCCUCACUGAUAUUAGAACCAAAAAAUAUCCGCAGCUUUGUUCAUUCAGCGGACGUGAUCCAAUAAUAUGCUGCACCGAUUGUGAACUAGUCAAUAAUACAAGCAAUUACUUGACUGGUGCAGACGGAGCCAUUUAUUUGAAAAGUGGACGCAAAGCUAAAGAUAAGUGUCUUGAAUACAUAGCGAAUUUCAAUUACCCAUGUUACUUGAAAAUUGGACUCAGGAAACGUGUGUCCAGCGAUAAGACAUGCUUGGAAUACGAUGUUGUCAUACCGUUUGCUGCGGUGGGUGGAACCGAAUGUAUGGAAUAUGUAGCGAGUUUAAACUACCCUUGUCCUAAACGGGAGGGGUUGAGUCGGCAGUUGGAGUAUAUGGAUAAAAAAUGCUUCGUCUAUGAGGCAGUUUUUGGUGCCGCCGCAGUGGGCGGGCAAGAUGCAAACCGAAGUGAAUUUCCUCAAAUGGCCUUAUUAGGUUAUGGAGAUAGUUUAGACACUGCGCAGUGGCUGUGUGGUGGAUCCGUUAUCAGUGAGAGAUUCAUUCUGACUGCUGCACAUUGCGUAUUUAGCAAAUCAGUGGGUACAGUAAAAUAUGCAGCUAUGGGUAUCCUGAAGCGUACAGACCCUCCGGAAACAUGGCAAAGGUAUAAUGUGAAGAGGGCCAUCCGCCAUCCGGAGUAUAAGCCUCCGAGCAAGUACAACGACAUCGCAUUAUUGGAAGUCGAUAGAACGAUCAAAUUCAACAAGGAUGUUUUACCAGCCUGUCUCAAUACGGGUGGUGGUAAUGAGAUAGAGGCCACGGCUACAGGCUGGGGAACCCUGGGACAUCGACAGUCUCUCGCGGAUAUCUUACAAGUGGUACAGUUGGAACAGUUUUCAGCUGAGGAAUGUUUUGCUGCAUACCCACCUCAUAGACAUUUACAGAACGGAUACAAUCAUGCGUCUCAAUCUUGCUACGGAAGCAAGAACAAUAAGAUUAUUGACACUUGUGAGGGUGACAGCGGUGGUCCUUUACAAAUUACCUCAAAAUUUGGAAGUUGUAUUUAUGAUAUAAUAGGGGUGACAUCCUACGGGAGACCAUGUGGAGUCGUCGGCAAUACAGGAAUGUACACCAAAGUAGAAUACUAUGUACCCUGGAUUGAAAGCAUUGUAUGGCCUUGA